UUCGACCUGGAGCUGGCCGUGGAGCAGCAGCUGGGGGCGCAGCCGUUACCCUUCCCCGGCAUGGACAAAUCAGGCGCGGCUGUUUGUGAAUUCUUUUUAAAAGCGGCCUGUGGAAAAGGUGGCAUGUGCCCCUUCCGACACAUCAGCGGGGAAAAGACGGUUGUUUGCAAACACUGGCUACGAGGACUGUGCAAAAAGGGAGACCAAUGCGAGUUUCUGCAUGAGUAUGACAUGACCAAGAUGCCCGAGUGUUACUUCUACUCCAAAUUUGGGGAAUGCAGUAACAAAGAAUGCCCAUUCUUGCACAUUGACCCGGAAUCUAAGAUCAAAGACUGUCCCUGGUAUGACCGAGGCUUCUGUAAACAUGGUCCACUCUGCAGGCACCGGCACACUCGAAGAGUCAUUUGCGUGAAUUAUCUAGUAGGAUUUUGUCCAGAGGGGCCUACCUGUAAAUUCAUGCACCCUCGGUUUGAACUGCCAAUGGGAACCACAGAGCAACCACCCCUGCCUCAGCCGACACAAACACAGCAAAAGAGAACACCCCAAGUCAUCGGAGUCAUGCAGUCUCAAAAUAACAACAGUGGGAACAGAGGACCCCGGCCGUUGGAGCAAGUCACCUGCUACAAGUGUGGUGAAAAAGGUCAUUAUGCCAACAGAUGCACCAAAGGACAUCUGGCCUUUCUUAGUGGACAGUGAAAAGAGCAGAAGGAAGAGUGCAAGGGAGCGAUUAACGCUGAGAGAAGGUUUCUGCCUUGCACUAUGUCGUGAACUAUUAAUCAGGUUGUUUAUUAAUGCCAUUACUGAAAGAACUGGUCAGAGGCUGGCUGCUGUCAAGCAAUGUUUUUUGUAAUUGCCCACAACUUUUUUCUUAUGUUUUAACCUUUUUAAAACAGAUAGUUGGCCUCGACCUAUUUUCAUUGAGCCCUGCUAAAAGGUAGAUCUAAAACCAAGUAGAUAACGCAACCCCCUCACCGGUGCAGCACUCUACGUAAGCUCAUCUUAUGCCAGUGUUUCUUUAAAGUGUUUUCCUUCUGCCACUUCUCUUUGGAGAACCUGCAGCGUUUCAGCCCUCCCUGUGAAAGCAGGAGGACUGACUGGGAAAAGUAAGACUUGAAAUGCCUUCCCUUCAGUGAGGAAGCAGGGAAUCUGCUGUCCCGUAGCUCUUAAAAAGCAAAGUUGUGUUCCCAGGUCCAGCCUGGUGUAGUCAGUAAAGCUUGCCCCGAUGGCCGAUUUAACACAUCACGUACAUCAGGCUGUAAAAUUUUCAUCCACUUGCUUUGUUUCUGUGCUUUCUAUACUGAAGGUUAGAAAUUAAAUCUUCUGGGUGAGAACUGACCAAGGGGAGGAUAAAUUGGCAU